AUGGCAGACCAAGAAAACAGCGCCGCAACGACGGCGAAGCCGAGCCAUCUCGAACCUUCAGAGCUGGGCACCAGGGAAUAUUGGGACGAGCUCUACACUCGCGAAAUCUCCAACCACACGGCCAACCCAUCAGACACGGGGACCAACUGGUUCGACGACUCGGGGGCGCAGGACAAGGUACUAGAGUUUCUAGCGACGCACCUUUUAUCCUCCUCGUCGUCGUCGUCGGACCACCCAACAGAAGCAAAGAAGAGGACAAGAACCGAGACGAGCUUUCUCGAUCUGGGCACCGGCAACGGCGAGCUUCUCUUUGGUCUCCGCGACGAGGGCUGGGCCGGCCGCAUGCUCGGCGUCGAUUACUCGGAGCGCAGUGUCGAGUUUGCUCGGCGCAUCAAUGAGGUGAAACAAGCAGAAUACCACGACGAGGAGGAGGAGGAGAAAGAAGAAGACGAAGAGGAUGAUGAAGACGAAGACGAACCAAAUCCUUCCCGUCAACCCGUCGAGUUUGAACAGCUCGAUAUUCUAUCACCCCCACCCGCCGGCUCAGCCGUGCUGUCCGGAGCCCAAAAUAGUGGUUGGGACGUGGUGCUGGACAAGGGCACCUUUGACGCCAUCUCGCUGUCGUCGGCCACCGACAGCCGGGGUCGCCGCAUCAAUGAAGGGUACCGCGCCUCGGCGCUGCGGCUGGUGAGGAAUGGCGGCCUGUUUCUCAUUACGAGCUGCAAUUGGACCGAGGACGAGCUUGUGCAGUGGUUUGCCGACAAGACUGCCUUCGACGAGGAAGAGGACCAGGAUCUGCGAGGGUGGACGUUUGAGGUUGUGGAUCGCCUCAAGUAUAGGGUCUUCACUUUUGGCGGAGUCAAGGGUCAGACCAUUAGCAGCAUGUGUUUCCGCAAGGUGGCUCGGUGA